ACGUCAAACUAGUUACUCGGUUUCGACUCAAUCGUUGGUCUCUGUUUCGACAUUAUUGCUAUUGGUAUUUUCUUUAGGCCAAAGGAGGUAGGAGGGAAGGCGCUGCUAUGAGAGAAGAGGUUAUUAGCUCUGGUGGGACCAUAGAUCCCACUCCUGCUGCGAGUUCUGCUGGGGCAUCUUCACCUGCUGUUCCAACAAAUGUUGGCAGUAUAGAUUGGUCUGGUCAUGGACACAAUUCCAAAGCAGCUUCUCAGUCUUUUGUUGGAUCCCAAGCACCAUGGACUUCACUCAGUACUAGUGCUGGUGGAUCUGCUCUUGGAUCAUCAAGACCGUCAUGCCGACCAUGGGAAAGAGGGGAUCUUCUUAGGCGUUUGGCUACAUUUAAGCCUAUAAAUUGGUUUGGGAAACCUAAGGUUGUGAGCUCAUUGGCUUGUGCUCAGAGAGGUUGGAUGAAUAUAGAUGUUGAUAAAAUUGCAUGCGAAACAUGUGGGGCAUGCCUGCAUUUUGCUUCCUCCCCAUCCUGGGCUGCUUCUGAAGCUGAGGAUGCUGGUGUAGCCUUUUCUAAGCAGCUGGAUGUUGGGCACAAAGUUGCUUGUCCUUGGAGAGGAAACAGCUGUCAAGAAAGCUUGGUCCAAUUCCCUCCAGCACCUCAGUCUGCUCUAAUUGCAGGAUACAAGGAUAGAUGUGAUGGACUUUUGCAGUUUCAGUCCCUUCCUGUCAUAGCUGCAUCUGCAGUGGAACAUAUGCGAGUGUCUUGGGGUCCACAGGUUGAUCGCCUUCUGUCUCAGUUGCAGAAUUUUAUGACAGAGUUUGAAUCCAGAUCAGAGAGUAUACAAGAACUUGAUAACUCUAGAGAUGCUGCUUUUUGUCUAUAUUAUCGCUCACAAAAGCUGAUAAGCUUGUGUGGAUGGGAACCAAGAUGGCUUCUAAAUGUUCAAGACUGUGAAGAACAUUCUGCUCAAUCAGCUAGAAAUGGAUGUUCUUUUGGCCCUAGCGCAGCCCAGGUCCAUCUUUCACACGAUCCUGGACCUAGCAAACAUGCUUCAGCCAAGGACUCUGGAAAAAACAAAUUGUUAGUCAUGGAGUCUAGAUCUGAAUUUAGGUCACCUUUGUUAGAUUGUAGCUUAUGUGGUGCUGCUGUCAGGAUAUUGGAUUUUUUAACUGUUCCUCGACCUGCUCGUGUUGCUCCCAACAACAUUGACAUCCCUGAUACAAGCAAAAAAAUGGGAUUGACACGUGGAGUAAGUGCUGCCAGUGGAAUUGGUGGUUGGCUUGCUGCUGAUGAUCCGGAGAAAGAACAGACUGAAGACCGUGAUGAAGUAGGAACAACUGAUGAGAGAAAAUUGAUGCAAAAAACCGAUGUUGAUUUGAAUCUUACGAUGGCUGGGGGUCUUUCUUUUAAUCAGUUGGGUAAAACUAUGACAUCCAGAAAUAUGAAUGAUGCAGACAUGGGUAGGGAUCUAAUGAUUGGGCAACCAUCAGGUAGUGAGGUUGGUGAUCGAGCAGCUUCUUAUGAAUCACGGGGUCCUAGUUCUCGCAAGCGAAGCUUGGAAAUAGGUGCCAGUUCAGAUGACAGGCCACAGUUACGGGUGCAGCAGGCUGAUAGUGUUGAAGGAACUGUCAUUGAUCGUGAUGGUGACGAAGUCACUGAUGGCAGACAAUAUUCUGCUGGGCCUUCAAAACGUGCUCGUGAUUCAGAUAUUUUUGAUACUUACUGCUCCCCUUAUCCAAGAGACUCAUCUGAUGCAGGUCCAAGCCAUUCGAUUGGUUUUGAAACUUAUGCAGAUGGCAGUAGAGUUGCUCUGUUUAGGCAAGGAAGCGACCAUGUUAUUGGAAUACCUUCAACUAGAGACUCAACACGUGCAUCCUCUGUCAUUGCUAUGGAUACUGUGUGCCACAGUGCAGAUGGUGACUCAAUGGAAAGUGUUGAGAAUUAUCGUGGAGAUGUUGAUGAUAUCCAUUUUCCCUCAUCAAGUACAUAUGGCCACCUUGACAUGAAUGACACAUCAGAGUUGAAUUAUAGUAAUCAAGCUCAGCAGAGUAUUUGUUUCCAACCAGCUGCUGAAGCAGUUCCAGGAGAAAUGGGCAUCAGCAGUACAAAUGAUGGUGAGGAAAUUUUCAAUGCUGAAACUGUGACAGCUCAGGCCAGGGAUGGGCUCAGUUUUGGAAUUAGUGGGGGGAGUGUCGGUAUGUGCGCCAGCCAUGAAGCUGAAAUCCAUGGAGCAGAUGUCUCUGUGCAUAGAACAGAUAGUGUAGUUGGUGAUGUAGAACCCAGAAUAGAAGAUGCUGAAAAUCAGGGUCAAACAGGUGAAUCUGCUCCAGAUCCUGGGUUGAUGGAUGAGGUUGUUCCUGAUGAGAUAAAUAGGGAGGAUCCUCACGGUGACAGCCAAGAAAUGCUGUCUCGCUCUCUAGGAAGGGCGGACAGUGGUUCAAAAGUUGAUGGUUCUGCCAAGGCAGAGUCUGUUGAAAGUGGUGAAAAGAUAAGCCAAAGCUGCAAGUUAGUCCCAGAUAACAGUGCUCAUCCUUCUCUUUCCUGCAAUGCUAAUCUGUACUCUGGUAAUGAAACACCGAAGAAAGAGGUCACAAAUGCCGGAAAAUCAUCUUCCAUAAACAAUUGUCCAUACCCAGACCCAGAGUCAGAUUAUGCUGUUGCGCAUGGGAUAGGGCUGCCAAAAGGAGAAAGCAAUUAUGAAGAAGCUAUAGAGUUUGAUCCAAUUAUUCAUCACAACCAGUUUUGCCCCUGGGUGAAUGGAAAUGUUGCUGCUGCUGGCUGUAGUAACUCGGGCUCCAGCACCAGUGCUGAUGUUGUUGCACUUUGUGGAUGGCAGCUGACCUUGGAUGCCUUGGAUGCCCUGCGAUCACUGGGUCAUAUUCCUGUGCAGACAGUACAGUCUGAGUCAGCUGCAUCAUUGCAUAAGGAUGAUCACCAAACUCCUGGUAAAAAGCUCCUUCGACGGCACUCUAUGAACAAAAGUCAUGGGCAACAUUGACAGUCAAACAUGAAGCAUAAAGACACCUGCAAUGCUAGUAAGAUGGAAUAGCAUUCAACAGUCGGAGCGUUUUGGAAGCUUUUUCAGUUGUUGCCACUGGAACUGCUGCCAGCAGAAGUUGUGUCAUUCUUACUUCCAUUUUUAUUAAAACCGUAUUUCAUGGUAAAGUAAUUUGUGUUAUUCAAGUGAGCUACCUGUCUAUUCUGCGUAAAUUAUCUCUUUGCUUCUUUAAGCAGGUUCUUCUGACUAUUAUUAAUAUGAUUAUUCACUUGAUCAGUGGUUUGACAGUGAACAUUGCUAUCAAGAACAAAUGUCUCUAGUGCUACAAAUUUUAUGUGAGAUUUUCAUUUCAUGGAUUGGGAAUUGUGAUGACACUGCAAAUAAGAUGCCGGUUGUUGGUAUUGUUGAUAAAUGAUAGAUAUAUAACAUAGUUAUUAGGCAUUGGGAUUGGUGUAUGCUGUUAUGUGGCAGAAUGGAUGGUUGUCUUAGUUUUUUAUUUUUUUUUAAAAUUUUUUUGAUUCUAGUAAAGAAGUUUAUUUUGUUCCA